ACUUCAUCUGGUAUUUUAUCAAACAGAUAUCGGGCUAAUAGCACACCACCUAAAAUACUUCCCGGUUUGCCCAAGAAGACUUCUUUUUCACGAUCAUCCGUAUACGGCUACCCUCGCAUCCGAAUCGCAUCAUGGCCGGAGAUAGGAGACCCCGUCGCGACGACGGCAGAGAAAACAGUGGCGGAUUCCGGAACCGCCACGAGUCCGAUGGACGAAGAGACAGGCGAGACCGUGGCGACGAUUAUCGUAGGAGAGAUGACGAUCGCGACAACAGGAGUCGCAGGUAUCGCUCGCGUUCAAGAUCCGCAGACCGCGGAGGUAGCCAUCGCGACCGCCGACGGGAUGAUCGCGAUAGGUCGCGUGACCGGGGGGCCAGAGACAGGCCUAGGAGACCACAAGAUGACAACCGUGGUGACCGGCGACGUGGCGACGAGCGAAACCCGACUGACAGGGAGCGCGGCUACAACAGAGAUCACCCUCCUCGCGACAGAGAUAGUCGGCGUUCAGCAUCGCCCCGACGCCGCAGCACAAGCCCAGUACGAGACCGGCGUAACGAUCGAGAGACUGAUCUCCCGACUAGGACCAGAGGAGGUCCUGAGCGCUCGGGCGCAGCCAUGUCCGUCAAAGUAGGUAGUCAAGACGAUGAGGGAAAACGCGGUCGGGAUCGCGACGACAAGAAUUUGGGUCAAGGCGACAAGCCCAUGGGGCAAAACGACGACGACGACGACGACGUUGAAGUUGCGGAAGACGAUGAUGCUGCUGCUAUGCAAGCCAUGAUGGGCUUCGGUGGCUUCGGUACGACAAAGAACACCAAAAUCCUGGGUAACAAUGUCGGCGCAGUCCGCAAAGAGAAGAAGACCGAGUACCGUCAGUACAUGAACCGUGCUGGAGGAUUUAACAGGCCACUGAGCCCGACUCGUUAGAAGUCCCGGCAGGUCUUGCGAUGAAAGAUUGAUGACGCUUCCCACCCUCGGGUGCAUCAGCUUUCUGCGAAUUGUAUGUAUGCCUUGAUAUUUAUUUCUCUUGACAACCCUGGGUACGACCUUUAGCUCAAUUCAAAUUAUUCUUUUAUUCUAGCUUGAGAAGUCACUCCUUUCCCCAGGGGGCUCCUGAAUGUUGCAGAAACUUGACAAAUUUGCUGUGAGUAUCUAUCCAAACCCUUUGAAACCUGUUGAUUGUCAAUAUGCACAUGCAUGCUACUGUGCUAGUAUUGUCAUACUGCCAGAUGUUGGUGAUAAACUGCCUGACAAAAAGAGCCUGCCAAUGCUCCCCUUUCCAUCUUUCGAGAUGGAGAACAGACUAUAUGUCUGUCUGUAUAUACUGCCUAGAGUUUUGUCACCCCACAUUCACAUGUACCGGGGGUUUGCAAUCGUGCACCCAGUAGGCUAAGCCCAAGGAACAUAGACUAAUGGUGAGCUCCAAAUUGUUCAGUCUCGGCGAGUAAUAGCGUAGAUGUAAACAUCGUACUAGCGCAGGAGAAUAAUGAGCAAAGUAUAGGCUUGCGCCAAACCCUUUUCAGCUCUACUGUUGUACUUCGACCGGGAGCUUCCUAGUGUGACAAGUUGUGAUGGUAGCUCAG